GUCUGCGCGACCUGCGUUGCGGCACUCUUUCCUGCCCCUGCUUCCCUCAUUCUUCUCUCUCUCUCUCUCUCAAAAUGCAGAGCACUGCAAUAUUCCUUCUCCCUCCAUCAAUUCCUCCAAGCCUUUCUCACCGUACCACCACAUGGGCUAUCAAUCCCAUACCUACGCCGCCGCAUUCGAGAUCCCUCGAUUUUGCCGCCUCCAUUAACGGCCUCUCUGGCUCCUCCUCCUCUCUUCGCCAGUUUCCGGUAACUCGCUGUUGCUCUUCGCCUUCCUCGUCGUCUUCGAGCUGCUUGAAUGGCUGGAUUUCGACUCCGCCUCCCGUCCCUGAUCGCGAACUGCGUGGCGUUGAAGUUAGGGCGGCUGAGAGCUGUGCCGGGGAGGAGGAGGAUGCGAAGGCGAGCGGUUUGAGCAAAACGUUGGAGCUUGGGUCUCUCUUCGGGCUUUGGUUCCUUUUCAAUAUUUACUUCAAUAUCUACAACAAACAGGUUUUGAAAGUGUUUCCAUUUCCACUAACUAUCAGCACAGUUCAAUUUGCUGCGGGAACUAUACUGGUUACUUUAAUGUGGACACUUAAUCUCUACAAACGGCCAAAAAUUAGCGGUGCUCAGCUUGCAGUAAUCCUUCCAUUGGCAAUGGUGCACACCUUAGGGAACCUCUUCACAAAUAUGAGUCUGGGAAAAGUUGCUGUUUCAUUCACUCACACAAUUAAAGCCAUGGAGCCCUUUUUCUCAGUUGUCCUAUCUGCUAUGUUUCUUGGGGAGAUGCCCACCACAUGGGUCAUUGGUUCUCUGUUUCCAAUUGUUGGUGGAGUGGGACUUGCAUCAAUGACAGAGGCAUCUUUUAAUUGGGGUGGAUUUUCGAGUGCAAUGGCUUCUAAUUUGACCAACCAAUCUCGUAAUGUCCUAAGUAAAAAGCUUAUGGGCAAGAAAGAGGAUUCUUUGGACAACAUUACUUUGUUCUCAAUAAUAACAAUUAUGUCCUUCAUCUUGUCGGCUCCGAUAUCUCUUUACAUGGAGGGAUUCAAGUUCACUCCUUCGUGCUUGCAAGCUGUGGGGUUGAAUGUCAGACAGGUUUACGUUAGGUCUUUCUUGGCUGCACUCGGCUUCCAUGCAUAUCAACAGGUUUCUUACAUGAUAUUGCAGAGGGUUUCCCCAGUUACCCACUCUGUGAGCAAUUGUGUAAAGCGGGUGGUGGUGAUUAUUUCCUCUGUUCUCUUCUUCCGCACACCCGUUUCACCUAUCAACUCUAUCGGCACUGGAGUGGCCCUUGGUGGAGUGUUCCUGUAUUCGAGGGUGAAGAGCAUAAAACCUAAGCCUAAGACUGCUUGAAGUUCUUUUGUCAAGAAAUUUUGCUGGUUUGGUUUGGGUUUUGAGGGAGGUUUUAAAGUAUAAUGAGUGGAGAGAGAUAGAUAGAGAAAAUUUAUUGGAGACCGUGCGUAAGGGUUUUGAGUCCCCCAAAUGAACAAGCUUGGGGUCUUAGAUGACCAAAAACAGAUAGCAUAUCAAAUUCAGUAACUUUGGUUGUAUGUCAAGCGGGGAAUCAAUAUUUUUCCCGUUCUAAUAGUUUCGUUGGAUUAGUAGGUCUGCAACAAUUUUCCAGGGCUGCAAAUAUGAUUUCCGGGUAUAUCAUUUGUAUAGAUUUGUACUUUUGAUUAGAAAACAUCAAAGAGUAGCCAUUUUGAAGGUA